AUGGAGCCAUCGACUUCGACCCCCGCUUCCUCCCGGACUCCAGCAACCCCAGCCGCAGCAGAACCGCGGCUGGAGCUGAAAAAAAUACAAGUUAAAAAAGCAGUGAAAGCGCUCUUGGCACAUUCACAGUCCAGAAAAAACGCUAAUGAAGUGCUUUUGAACGAGAAUGAAAAUUUAUUUUUAAUGGUGGUAUUAUGGAAAAUUCCAAAAAAAGAACUGAGGGUCAGAUUGUCCUUGCCUUAUGCUAUUCGAUCAGAUUUAACAGAAAUCUGUUUAUUUACCAAGGAUGAACCUAAUUUAACACCUGAGAAGACAGAACAUUUCUAUCGGAAUCUUCUGAACAAGCAUAACAUUAGAACCAUUUCUCAGGUCAUCCCGCUCCGGACUUUAAAAAAAGAAUAUAAACCCUAUGAAGCCAAGCUCCGCCUCUUGGGUAGUUUCGACUUCUUCCUCACUGACGCAAGAAUUAGGAGACUUUUGCCCUCAAUUAUAGGAAAACAUUUCUAUCUCAGGAAGAAAGUCCCAGUAUGUGUCAACCUCAUGGCCAAGGAUUUAUCAAAAGAGAUCAAUGAUUGUAUUGGUGGAACGAUCUUAAACAUCUCUAAAAAUGGCUCUUGCAGCACCAUACGUGUUGGUCACACCGGAAUGAAGAUCCCACACAUUGUUGAAAACGUCCUUACUGUCACAAAAGGGCUUUCGGAAAAAUUGCCAGAGAAGUGGGAGAGUGUGAAACUGUUAUACCUGAAAACCGAGAGGUCUGCUGCCCUCCCAGUCUUCUCUUCAUUCGUCAGCUCCUUGUGUGAUGGGAAAAGAGGACCCCUUCCUGGCCAGAAGAAAAAAGAGGCAAAGAGAAAACAAAAAGAAAAGCUCCAGAAAAAGAAAGAGAAGAAAAGGAGGAAAAGGGAAAUGCAACAGGCUGCAAAGUCUAAAUCGGCCCCAGUGAAAGAGAAGGGCUCGGCUGAGGUCAGUGGUGCCCCGGUGAAGAGCCCAGGACCCCAGAAGGGAGAGACUCCUGGACAGAAGGAAAAGAGCCACAGAGUAAAAAAAGCCCAGUUAAAAGUGGAAGACCAGUCUGAGGAUGAAAUUCCACUGUUGGUGCCAAUGGACAAAACACCCGCCAAGAAAGAAAACACAGAGAUGCAAAAAGGUACCACAGCAAAGAAGCCACCGAAAAAGAGUCCUGGUCCCAACACACCUCUUGGGAAGAAGAGAAAGGCCUCCCUAGCUCCGGAGACCCCUAAAGCUGCAGAACCAGGGACCCCAGGUCAAGGCCUAGGGAAGAAGCCGAGAGUCAAAGAGGCAGAGAAAGAACAAAACUCUGCCCUGGGGAAAAAAGACCUGAGGCAGACUCCAAAAAAGCCGGAGCCCAAGUUCUUCGCCACUCCUGCUAAGUCUGCCAGGAAAAGGCCCCAGACCCCCAAGCAGAAGCCCAGAAAACCCAAAGUGCCCCCAUCAACCUAA